AAUGACUUCAAUAAAACGAUAAACAAUCCGGAAGAUUUUUACAAACGUAGUGAACUCGGGGUGUACAAACACGCCGAGAAAGUUAUGUUGAGGGCCGCAGACGCCAUAAUAUUAGACGAAAACUUUGGCCCGAAGGAGAAAGAAGAAAAAGAGAAAAUGCCUGCGUUACAUAGUACAAAUCUCGUACCCAGUAAGCGAUAUUGUAUAUCGCUCGGUGCAGGGCCUCGGUCGUGCUCCGAUGUUCCCCACGCCGUCAACGUGUCAUUCGUGACAGAGGGCAACGGCGUGGGGGUUUUAACAGAGCCCCCUGUCAGUGCUAAAAGCCUGUUUAUUAAGGAAAACAACCGCAAUGCACAGGUUGACAACAGUAGCAUUUUAGCAGAAGCUCACAUGUCCACAAAUCUGAGCUUUACUGUGCAUUUGUCUGGAGGUCAUAAGGUCACCUGGGAGACCAUUUUGACUAGCGGAAACCUGUACGUGGAAGUUCCCAACGGAAUUCUGCCUGAAGGUUCUAAGGAAAGCUUGAUCACACUUUUGGAGUAUGCAGAGGAGAAGCUUUGCUGUGACCAUGUCAUUCUCUGUUUCUGCAAGAGCAGGAAUGAUCGAGCCUCCUUGAUCCGAACUUUCAUGUUCAUGGGAUUCGCAGUGGCCUGCCCUGGUGACCCCAUUGUUCCCAUGGUACCCGAGGUCAUGUACAUGGUAUACAAGAUUGACCUUGACGACCUCGAUGAUGACUAGGUUUUCCUUAACAAACAUGGCUUUUAGUAUUAUGGGCCACUUUCUCUUGAUGAUGAUUUCUUGUCUUUGUUUUUGAUCAGAAAAUUUUUUU